AACAGAAGAAUAAAUAAAAUAAAAAAUAAAAAAGAAAUCGUAUUUACCACUUUCGCUACUGCGGCUGGCCACCCACAGCUACCUAAUUGCUUAAUUUUUCUUGCUAUUGCUCUUUCUCUUGAUCAAUAUAAAGCAUUCAGAUUUGUCGGAAGGCGAUCGAUCAGAUUCACCGAGAGAGAGAGAGAGAGUUGAGAAUGUCGCCGAAGAAGUUCCUAGUGGAGGUGGAGAAGGCGAAGGAGGCCAAGGACGGGAGGCCUUCGACCGGACCGGUUUACCGGAGCCUUUUCGCGAAGGGAGGGUUUCCGGAGCCGAUUGGAGGAAUGGAAAGUUGCUGGGAUGUGUUCCGCAUGACUGUGGAGAGAUGUCCUGCGAAUCCGAUGCUUGGUCGUCGUGAAAUUGUGAAUGGGAAGCCUGGUAAAUAUGUGUGGAAAACUUAUAAAGAAGUAUAUGACUUGGUGAUUAAAGUGGGAAAUGCAAUGCGAAGUUGUGGUUUUGGGGAAGGAGCAAAAUGUGGUAUUUACGGUGCGAAUUGCCCAGAGUGGAUAAUAAGCAUGGAGGUCCCUUUUUUUUUCUUUGAUUUCCCACCCCACCCCUCUUUAUAUGACACUUUAGGUGCUGGUGCUAUUGAAUUUGUUAUAAACCAUGCAGAGGUUUCAAUUGCUUUUGCUGAAGAGAAAAAAAUUUCUGAGGUGUUGAAAACAUUUCCCAACACAACAAAGUACCUCAAAACACUUGUGAGCUUUGGCAAGGUUACACCUGAACAAAAGGAGGAAGUUGAGAAAUUUGGAUUAGCAAUAUAUUCAUGGGAUGAGUUUUUGCAACUGGGUGAUGGUAAACAAUUUGAUCUUCCAGUGAAAAAGAAAAGUGACGUGUGUACUAUAAUGUAUACCAGUGGAACUACUGGUGAUCCCAAGGGUGUAAUGAUAUCCAAUGAUAGCAUUAUUGAUCUUUUAUCUGGGGUGAAAUGCCUGCUAGAUAGUGUUAAAGAAACGCUUGAAGAGAAGGAUGUAUAUCUUUCAUAUCUUCCUCUGGCGCACAUCUUUGAUCGGGUGAUUGAGGAGCUAUUUAUUUUAUGUGGUGCCUCAAUAGGGUUCUGGCGUGGGGAUGUCAAACUAUUGCUCGAGGACAUUGCGGAGCUAAAACCAACUAUUUUCUGUGCUGUCCCCCGUGUGUUAGAUAGAAUUUACACAGGUUUGAAUCAGAAGAUUUCCUCAGGAGGCUUUUUGAAAAAGACAGUGUUCAAUUUUGCAUACUCAUACAAGUUGCAUAACAUGCGGAAGGGGAGUAAACAUGAAGAGGCAUCUCAAAUUUGUGAUAAAAUUGUCUUUAGUCAGGUGAAGCAAGGGUUGGGGGGUAGGGUUCGCCUUAUUCUGUCUGGAGCAGCACCUCUUUCCACUCAUGUAGAAGAAUUCCUGCGAGUGGUGGCAUGUGCUCAUGUUAUACAAGGAUAUGGUCUGACCGAAACUUGUGCGGGGACAUUCGUCUCACUACCAAAUGAACUGGCAAUGCUUGGUACAGUAGGCCCUCCGGUGCCCAAUGUGGAUGUCUGCCUAGAAUCUGUUCCUGAAAUGGGAUAUGAUGCCCUUUCAGACACACCCCGGGGAGAAGUAUGUAUAAGAGGAAAGACAUUGUUUUCAGGGUACUACAAACGUGAAGACCUCACCAAAGAGGUCAUGAUUGAUGGGUGGUUCCAUACAGGGGAUGUCGGUGAGUGGCAGCAAGAUGGAAGCUUGAAAAUCAUUGACCGAAAGAAGAAUAUAUUCAAGCUUUCUCAAGGAGAAUAUGUUGCUGUUGAAAACUUGGAGAACAUUUAUUCUCUUGUAACUGCUAUAGAUUCGAUAUGGGUGUAUGGAAACAGCUUUGAGUCCUUCCUUGUCGCUGUUGUGAACCCCAACAAGCAAGCACUUGAGCAUUGGGCUGAAGAAAACAGAGUCACUGGGGAUUUCAAUUCUCUGUGUGAAAAUCCUAGGGCAAAGGAGUACAUUCUUGGGGAGCUCGCAAAGAUUGCUAAAGAAAAAAAGUUGAAAGGUUUUGAGUUUAUUAGAGCUAUUCACUUUGAUCCCGAGCCGUUUGACAUGGAACGCGACCUUAUCACUCCAACCUAUAAGAAGAAGAGGCCCCAGUUGCUUAAAUAUUAUAAGAAUGUCAUUGACAACAUGUACAAGAGCGGAAACAAGCCCUGAGCGUGAUUGGAAUUUGCUUCUGGACCCUUAGUUUUCUCCUAUUUAACCUGCCCUUUUUUAUUCUUGACUGUAUAUACGCUUAUAGAUAAAUCAGCUGAUUUAUUUAAAUUAAAAUUUCUAUUUGCAGUUUCCUGUAUUAAUCACCCCUUUCUUGAUACCUUAGACAAAAGUUACAAUUCAUCAUAUAGCUUAUAUAUGGUGCAUGAUUUCACACAUCAAGUGUGUUUUACAGUGAUUUACUGGUCACUUCAUCUGCCCAUGACAUUCGGGUUGAUGGUUGUGGUGAUGUUGAUAACCUAGUGUUGAAGAGUUAUCGACGGUCAAGAUGGCAUAGAGGAUUCGGAAUUGGAGAAAUGUUAUACAUAUUUCCGCUUUUAUACUUUUUUAA